AUGUCCUGGAGACAGCUGCUCCUCGGGCCAGCCAACCUUUCCACCCCGGACGGCUUCGUCCUGCUGGGCUUCUCGGAUAAGCCCCGGCUGGAAAUGACCCUCUUCGCGGUGGUGUCGGUCUUCUACUUGGUCACCCUGGUGGGCAACAUCACCAUCAUCCUGCUGGCCCGCCUGGACCCCCACCUGCACACGCCCAUGUACUUCUUCCUGUCCCAGCUCUCCCUGCUGGACCUCUGCUUCACCACCAGCUGCAUCCCACAGAUGCUGUUCAACCUGUGGGGGCCGGACAAGACCAUCAGCUACCUGGGCUGCACCGUGCAGCUCUACAUCUUCCUGGGGCUGGGGGCCGCCGAGUGUGUGCUGCUGCUGAUCAUGGCCUACGACCGCUACGUGGCCGUGUGCCGGCCCCUGCACUACGCGCUCGUCAUGCACCCCCGGCUCUGCCAGCGGCUGGCAGUCCUGGUCUGGGUAAGCGGGGUCUUCGGCACGUUGGUCCAGUCUCCCUCCACCAUGAAGCUGCCCUUCUGCCGGCACCACCGCGUGGACGACUUCGUGUGCGAGGUCCCCGCCCUGAUCCGCCUGGCCUGCGGGGACACGCGUGUCAACGAGCUGCAGAUCUCGGUCAUCGGCGCCGUGUUCCUGCUCGGGCCGCUCCUGCUCAUCCUCGUGUCGUACGGGCACAUCGGGCGUGCGGUGCUGGCCAUCCAGUCCCGGGAGGGGCGGAGCAAGGCCGUGCGCACCUGCUCCUCCCACCUGCUCGUGGUGCUGCUCUUCUACGGGAGCGUCACAGCCGUCUACAUCGGGCCGCGGAGCCGCUUCUCCCAGCGGGGAGGGAAGUUCCUGACGCUGUUCUACACCGUGGUGACCCCCACUCUCAACCCUCUCAUCUACACGCUGAGGAACAAGGACGUGAAGGGGGCUCUCAGGAGGCAACUUGGCAGAGACCGCAAGGCCAGAGAGGCGUGA